AUGCUCGUGACCAUGGCGGCAGGAGUGUCCAUUGGAUUAAUGUUAGCCAUUGUUGGAUGUGCAGUUACGUGGGGAUCAACUCCUCAUCCCGAAAAUUGGUUUGCCAUCAUCACGUUACUCUGUUAUGUGAUGGCUCCAUUUCCCGAUAUUAUUGCAAGAGCAUUCUCAUCACGAGUGGAAAAAGAAGAUGAAGAUGAUGCUACCAUUUGGGAACACUUUGGUGCUUUCUUAUCGGCUUUUAUUGGAACGAUUGGAUUGGGAUUAUUAUUUGUUUUGGCUCAUACUGGAAUUAUUCAAUGGGAAACUUUUGCUUUUGAGAUUAGUGGUGGAAUAGUCAUCCUUUUGUCCAUGAUGGCUUGUUUCAUUGUCUAUAAGAUUGUUAAACGAAGAGAAGAAUCUUCCGAUAGUUUUUAUUGA